AUUAAACUUUUAUUUUGAAAGUUCGAUUUCUGACGUCACUGCAACCAGGAAGUGCUGGGUUCACAACAAGGACAGCAGAAGCUGCGUGCUGUCUCCUGACUUGUCAAAACUGGCAUGGCGGGGGCGGCGGUACUGAGGGCUCUCCGAGCCCGCCUCCCACCGACACUGACCGUAGCCUCAAGUAGGUGCUCGGCCCCGCUGGAGUUCGUUCUGCCGUCGGCUCCAUGUGUGCUGUCCCCCCCGUGGAUAACCUCGUCUGUCAGGACGCUGCAGCUCUGCUCCGCUUUAUGUGCCGGGCACAACAAGUGGUCAAAGGUGAAACACAUUAAAGGACCCAAAGAUGAGGCGAGGGGAAAGAUGUUUAAUAAGUUUGGCAUGAUGAUAAGGAUAGCUGUGAAAGAGGGUGGAUCUAAUCCAGACCUGAAUAUGAACUUAGCUCACAUCCUGGAGCAGUGCAGGAACAAAAACAUGCCCAAAGCAUCCAUAGAGGCUGCCAUCAAGAGUGCGGAAAAGGCUAAACCGGCGACACAGCAUAUGUUUGAAGCUCGGGGGCCCGGUGGGUGUCUGCUGCUUAUCGAGGUCCUCACUGACAACAACAACCGCAGCCACCACGAAAUCAAGCGGCUACUUAACAAGAACGGAGGGACGCUGUCAGACGGAGCCCGCCACGGCUUCACCAGGAGGGGGGUGGUGGCAGCAGCAGGCGAAAACAUCUCGACGGAGAGAGCUCUGGAGCUGGCCAUUGAGGCGGGAGCCGCAGAUGUCCAAGAGACUGAGGAUGAGGAGGAGCAGCCUCUCCUGAAGUUUGUUUGUGACACGGUGGACCUGCAUAAUGUGCGGACCUCACUGGAGAAGCUGGGAAUCCAGAUUACAUCUGCUGGGGUUGAGUUUAUUCCCUCCACCCACUCGUCUCUGGACCAGGAUCAGCUCAGUGCUGCUUCAUCACUAAUAGAGGUUCUCAAUGACUGUCCAGACGUAGUUCGAGUGUGGGACAAUAUCCAGGCUGACAGCUGAGUACCAUCUCUGGGCACUUGGUGAACACUGAACAGCUUGCACAUGGAAUAUUUAAGGGUUUUGACAACUUGUACAUCAGUUGGUACUGAUACUACUGCUUGUCAGUGCUUGUCUUGUAACAGACAUUACCAGUAUGAACAUCUGAGUGUUUUGGCCCUUUUGAUAUUGUCUGUAUGGGAAAAACCUUUGAAGAGAAAUUAAACUGCGGUCCGUGUUGGGAUGUAAAGUGAUGUCUUACCUUAAAUAUUUUCAGUGGUCAGAAUCCAUUUUUCUACAGGUCACUAGCAGACAGUCUUGAGCAUAUGGAAGCCAUCCCAGGGAUUCUGGAUGUUCCCCAAAGUUGUACAUGUCAAGAGACACAAUCUGUGAACAAGGAUCGAAUUAGAAAUUAAAUUAAGAGAUUCCUUCCAUAAAUGCUGGCAUAAUAA